UCAUAACCUUGUGAUCGUGUCAGCUGACUGUAGUAAUUGUUUGACUAGCCGGCCCCAUAAAAGCUGCGUUUCGCCGGCUGAUCAAGGCCGUCAUAAACAUUUAUACGAUGUAGCUACAUGUAACUCAUAAUUUGAAAACGGCAAGUUAGAGUGUGACAUAAGGCUGUGUUUGCACCAAACAAACUGCAUUGCCGCCUUGUCAAGGAGAGAUCCUUCUUGCCUUUGAACAGUCCGUGGCGUUAGCCCGAGAAAGACGAGAUGCGACGCAAACUGAACCAGCUGCUCCUCCUGACCUGGAAGAACUACGUCCUCCAGAAGCGCCACUGGAUCCGAACCCUCUUCGAAAUCGGGGUUCCCAUCCUGGUGUCCCUCCUGCUGAUAUGGCUCCGUACCAUAGUGGACUACACAAACUUCACCAAGCCUGAUGUCUACGCUGGUUAUCCUAUCGACUCGCUGCCUUCAAACCUGACAAGGGUGAAUUUCCCUGGGCCUUUUCCCACCGCUUGGAGGAUGGCGUAUACGCCCAACGGGACUGCCGAGAACCGCGUCAUGGGGUUUGUGGUGGACAACUUGCAGUACUCUUUUUUUGCGAGACUAGAAACAGGCCGUGGUUUUGAAACCGAAGAAGACAUGCUGGACUUCUUGACUGAUGCCAACGCCACGAAUCAGAAGGAGUUUCUUGGGGGCGUGACCUUUCACAACCCCUUCCCCUCUGCCUACGAGCUACCCUCCAACAUAACCUACAGCAUCCGCCUGAAGGCCAGCCAGCGCAACUACCCAGACGCCAAGUUCAACAACAUCACAGGGGAUUCUGGAAGGUGGCACACGGACACCCUCUUUGAGUUGAUCAGCAGGCCUGGGCCACGGGAGAAGGGCAAAACCUGGGGAGGAAAACCUGGUUACAUGAGAGAAGGCUUUCUCCCGCUGCAGUAUGCCAUCGACCGAGCCUUUCUACAGUUCCAGAACGUCAGCCUGGAGGACGUCUCGGUAGAGAUGCGUCGCUAUCCUUACCCGCCUUACUUUGACGAUGAUUUCAUCCUGGUCAUACAGAUGCAGCUUCCGUUCUUACUCCUGAUAAGCUUUGUCAUCACGGCGAUCACCAUCACCAAGGGCGUGGUGUUAGAGAAGGAGCAAAAACUCAAGGAAUCCAUGAAGAUCAUGGGUUUGAGUAACUGGCUCCAUUGGACAGCCUGGUACCUGAAGUACGCGUUAUUUCUCCUCAUAUCUGUGGCCAUCGUCACUGCCUUGUACAAGAUUCCCGUUGCGGGCCACGGAGCUGUUAUCAACAACUCCUCGUUUACCGUGCUGUUCCUGUUCUUCUUUAUGUACUCCCUUGUAGUCAUCGCCCAGUGUUUUGCCGUCAGCGUGCUGUUUUCAACAGCAAAUACCGGUGCAGUGUUUAUGGGACUGAUCUGGUUCUUCUCCUACGUUCCCUACUUCUUCAUCGUGCAGUACUAUGAGACCAUGUCCCGCAGCCUUAAGAUGACGUCUUGCCUAUUGGCCAACACAGGGAUGGCCAUGGGCGCCUAUCUCAUUGGCUUGUACGAAGGAACAGGUGAAGGGAUCCAGUGGAACAAUAUCAAUCGCCCCGUUUCCGUGGACGACAACUUGUCGUUCCUCGACGUCCUUCUGAUGUUCCUUGUAGACAUAGUCUGGUACCUCGUCUUCAUGUGGUACGUGGAGGCAGUCUUUCCCGGCAGUUACGGGGUACCACGGAAAUGGUACUUCCCUUUCCAGAUAUCUUAUUGGUGCGGUCCUAAGGUGAAGCAUGUUGACGACCAGUGGGAUGAGCGACCUCUGACCUCUGGCGGCCGUAGCCAGUCUCCGUCCUUCUUUGAGCCCGACCCAAAGGGCUUACAUGCUGGGAUCAAGAUACAGAGCUUGACGAAGGUCUUUGGCAAAGACAAAGUAGCGGUCAAUAAACUGACCCUCAACAUGUACGAGGGUCAGAUCACAGCCUUACUCGGCCACAACGGAGCCGGCAAGACCACCACCCUCUCCAUGCUGACCGGGAUGUUCCCUCCGUCCGACGGAACGGCCCUGGUCAAUGAUUUUGACAUCCGGACCGAGAUUGAUGGAGUCCGCCAGAGUUUGGGGUUGUGCCCCCAGCACGAUGUACUGUUUGAAAGGUUGACCGUUAGAGAACACCUCUACUUUUUUGCAAAGUUGAAGGGUUGUCCAUCUUCAAAGGUUAAGGAAGAAGUUGAGAAUUACAUCACUGCCUUAGAGUUGGAGGAUAAGAGAGACGCACAGGCUAGGCAGCUGUCGGGAGGUAUGAAGCGCAAGCUGUGUGUCGGAAUCGCACUCAUCUAUGACUCCAAGGUGGUCAUGUUAGAUGAGCCCACCUCAGGUAUGGACCCCUCAGCACGUCGCUUCACCUGGGACCUGCUACAGCGCCACCGUCAGGGCCGUACCAUCCUACUAACUACCCAUCACAUGGAUGAAGCAGACCUGCUGGGAGAUCGCAUUGCCAUCAUGGCCAAGGGGGAGCUGCAAUGCGUGGGGACAUCACUCUUCUUGAAGAAGAAAUAUGGUGUUGGUUAUCACAUGACCAUCGCCAAGGCUCCGUCUUGUGACGUAGCGACCGUCUCGGCCCUGAUCGCAUCGCACGUCCCCGGCAUGCAGGAAGAGAGUAACGUAGGCACGGAGCUGUCGUAUAUCCUACCGGAGGAAUCCGUGGGUCAGUUUGAGCAGCUCUUCACUGAUCUUGAGACACGGAGAGUGGAACUGGGCAUCAACAGUUACGGAGCAUCUGUCACCACAAUGGAAGAGGUGUUUCUCAAAGUUGACAAGGAAGAGGGCGACGAAGUUGCUACUGAAAACGGCAAAUUGGAGCCCAACGGUGGCACUAAAGCACAUAGCCCUAUCAACGGUGACGGUGCCACUAGCGUUGCACAUGAGGCCAACAACACUGCAUUUGGAGCUAAAAAUGGUUUGGACAUCGAGCAGGGUCCAUCAGAUACACAACCCCUGAUACUCAUAGCCCAGCGCAACAGCGGUGUGACGCUGUACCUUCAACAAUUCCGCGCCAUGUUCCAGAAGCGCAUGUACCACACCUGGCGCAACUUCUUAGUCAUGGCUGUCCAGCUGCUGAUCCCGCUCUUCAUGACCGCCGUCGCGCUUAUCGCCAUCAAGACAUUCCCUGCAAUCGGCGAGUCCCCUCCCUUACCUGUGAACAUCAGAACCUACGGAAAGACCGAGGUCCCCUACUUCCUGCCCGACAAUACGUCAGAGCUCAUGCAGUCGGUCUCCGGCAGUUACGUCAGUUACUUGAAGCAUCUAGAUCAGAAACCCAUCUACGUCAACAAUGUCACGGAUGCCAACACUACGAGCCUGGUGGACUACUUAAUCGACAUCGGCGGCAAAAGGCUGGUGACCUUCAACCGUGAAAACCUCGCCGCGGCCGUUUUCAGCGAGGACCAGCAGAAAAUAGUUGCUACUGCAUUCUUCAAUGACCAGCCGUACCACACGCCACCGGCCUCACUCAGUGCUAUCGACAACGCCCUGAUGAAGCACUACCUGAAAGGGGAGCACAUGGUGACGACGAUUAACUACCCCUUACCCCGCACCGUCCACGAGAAGGCCAACGAUGAUUUGGAGAGCCAGACCUUUACUGGGUUCAGCAUCGCUUUCAAUAUGCUGUUUGGAAUGUCCUUUCUGGCCAGCAGCUUUGUUCUCUUCUUGGUCAAGGAGGACGCCACCAAGGCAAAACACGUGCAGUUCGUGAGCGGCGUCCACUCAUUAAACUUCUGGCUGUCCACACUCCUCUGGGAUCUCAUCAACUACACGGUGCCCUGUGUUCUGAUCGUAGUCGCCUUUGCUGCUUUUGGCGUCGAAGCCUACACCGGUGACUCCCGCUUCUUGGCAAUAUUCCUUCUACUCUUUCUCCACGGCUGGUCCAUCAUUCCUUUGAUGUAUCUCCUCUCUUUCCUCUUCACCGUGCCAUCCACAGCCUUCGUCCGCCUCACCAUGUUCAACAUCAUCUUUGGCAUCGCCGCCUUCAUGGCCGUCAACAUCCUUGAGUUACCCUCGCUAAAACUUCAAAACGUCGCGGAUGUUCUGUCCUGGGUCUUUUCUUUCUCUCCAUCUUACUGCCUCGGCCAAGGCCUGUCGGAUUUCUACGAGAACUACAACGUUCUGAAGAUCUGCAGCUCCAUUGAAAGUGAAGUCGGGCUGAAUUGUAGCGACCCCAGAAUAUCAGCCAAUAGUACCCUCUACACGUUCAACAACAACUACCUUGGCUUCAAGGCACCGGGCAUCGGCAAAGAGCUCACCUUCAUGGCCGGCACCGGCAUCUUGUACUUUCUCUUGGUCAUUCUGGCAGAGGAGGGCCUCCUUCGCUCCUUGCGGUACUACCUGAGAGACCUGAUCUGUGGUCAGUCCGGCCGAGACCCUCAAAUGUCGCUGCUGCCUGAAAACGUCCUGGAUGAGGAUGUAAGGGCUGAGCAGUCCCGCAUCCUUGACGGCCAGUACUUGCCAGACGCCCUGAUUCUGAGGGACUUGCGUAAAGUCUACUCCAGCCCCGGUAAGCCCGCCCUGGUAGCUGUCGAGGGUACCUCCUUAGGCAUCCCGGCUGGGGAGUGCUUCGGCCUGCUUGGGGUCAACGGCGCGGGGAAGACAACAACUUUUAAGAUGCUUACGGGAGAUGAGGCAGUGACAAGCGGUGAUGCGCUAGUGGACGGGUUCAACAUUAAGAACAACAUCAAGCAGGUCCAGCAACGCAUUGGCUACUGUCCUCAGUUUGAUGCCUUGAUCGAUCAGCUGACGGGGCGUGAAACGCUUCGUCUGUACGCCCGGCUACGCGGCAUGAAGGAAGCUGUCAUUGAGAGCAAAGUUCAGGAGCUUCUUGUCUUGUUUAGUUUGACAGAGUACGCAGAAAAACAGACUAAAACCUACAGUGGAGGCAAUAAGCGUAAGCUGAGUACCACCAUAGCCCUAAUUGGUGACCCGCCCAUAGUCUUUCUGGAUGAGCCUUCGACCGGCAUGGAUCCGGUAACCAAGCGACUGCUGUGGAAAACAUUGUGCCAAGUUCGCAACGAGGGACGCUGCAUUGUACUUACGUCUCACAGCAUGGAGGAGUGCGAAGCUCUAUGCACCCGCCUAGCCAUCAUGGUCAACGGCCAGAUCAAAUGUCUGGGUAGCACCCAACAUCUUAAGAGCCGCUUCGGUAAAGGUUUCACCGUACUGGCCAAGGUGUCUUCAUUGGAGGGUGUGCCCGACAUGACGGAACUCAAACAGUUCAUGGAGACUCAGUUCCCAGACAGCAAACUGAAGGACGAGCACCAAGGCAUGGUGCACUACCACAUCACUAACACCCAGCUGACAUGGGCACAGAUCUUCGGCACUAUGGAGAGAGCCAAGUCACGCUAUGACAUCGAAGACUACUCCGUCAGUCAGACUACCCUGGAGCAGGUCUUCAUUAACUUUGCUCGCAUGCAGAGGGCAGACGAACUACAAAGUUAAGCCUAGAGUCAAUAGUUUGAAAGGUUGAUUGUGAAUUUUGGUUCAAGUUGUGUUCCCCAUGCUCUUCAACAAAUUCCAUUUGUUUUAUUAAUAAAUUUUCAACUUUGAAUGUUUUAUACAUGACUUAUUCCAAUCAAAAAAUGCUCCCUCCAAAUUUGUUGUAUGUCGGCAACCCUCUGAAAAGUUUUUUUUGUUUUGAGCACGAAAAGAUCAUUAUCGAUACUGAAUGUUGGGUGAGAAGCACUCUACCCCGUGAGAACGGAUUCAUUGUCUGGCAGCCAAUAAUUUGAAAUUGCAAAGUAAUAAUUCAAUUACUAAACAUGGGCAGAUUGUUUUUCGGUCGAUGUCCCAUUAAAAAAUGCUAGAAAAAUAGCAAUUUAGAAAAGGAAUCUAUUUUUUCAAGAUGAAAAUAGCACGGGGACACAACUUUAAUGCUAAUGAUAGGUUUCAUUUUUCAAUUGGAAACCGAAAUUCAUGUUGUUUUGAUUGGCAGUAAAUCCUAGCACAGCAAAAUGGCCUUGGAGAUAGUUCAAGGUGUAACACUAGCAUUUGCAAAAACAGCUUGAGCUGAAAUUCGGAAAAUACUAAGAUGAUAUUAGUGUUCAACUACUCGUAAAAUAACAACUUGUAAGGAUUCCUACAAAUUGAGAUAAG